CCUCAUGACAAAAGAUAAGAUGAGUGUGUGUUGUAUUUCAUACAGCUUUAGCUAAAAAUGUACAACCGCUCUGGUAUCUGAGUUAUUGUGUUAGCUCGUGUUACUAGUUCGCUACUUAAACACGCUCAGCAGUAUCUGUGAGUUUACUGACAUGAAGCGAGCUCUGUUUAUGUCUUUACGCCUCAGUGACGCGCAUCUCAGAAAGAGGUUUUGUGUCCGGCAGUAUGUACAGUACUGUAAAUCAGGACAGGACAUAAUGCAUUUUAUCUCAGAAAACACUGAGAUAGUCAGAGGUCAAAGUUUAACACCAGAAAUCUCCUUGAGACUCUUUACACCAAAGUGCCGUUUUUGGACUGAAAGACCAGAACUGUGGCCGUUUCCUGAGCCCUUUUGGGCUAUAUAUUGGCCUGGGGGACAAGCACUCGCCAGGUAUCUUCUAAACAAACCAGAAGUGUCAGCAGGUAAAAGAGUGCUGGAUCUUGGAUGUGGCUGUGGAGCUUCAGCUAUUGCUGCCAAACUCAGCGGUGCAACUCAUGUGUUGGCCAAUGACAUUGAUCCAGUUGCUGCGAUUGCCACUCAAAUGAACUGUGAACUGAAUGGUCUGGAGCCGCUGCCAAGUGUGACUGAGAACAUGAUUGGUUCUAAACCAGAGAACUGGGACCUCAUCUUGUUGGGAGACAUGUUCUAUGAUGAGACUCUUGCAGACUGCUUACAUAAUUGGCUGCACACAUGCAUUAAGAUUCAUAGAACGCAGAUCCUUAUUGGAGAUCCAGGACGAGCUCAGUUUGAGAGCCACAGCAUCAAAAAACUGUUGCAUGAACAGGCUCAGUUUGAAUUACCCGACUCAGUUAAAGAAGAGAAUUAUGGACUGACUAGUAGCACAGUGUGGUGUUACAGGCCUGCCUGAGAUGUUAAUGGUCACAGAAACACUGUAUUUCUGAAUACAUUCAUCUCUCUGCCAUUUUACACUUUGUACAAUACCUGACAGGAAUGAUUCAUCAAAAAAUCUAGUUUACACAAUUUUCCUUUUUUUCAGUUUAGAGCUGAUGCAGUAAGGCUAAAAUUGCUGCAACUCAAUAAUGACCAAAAUACCAUCACCGUCACCAAACUUCUUUCAACCCGUUCAAACCGCAUCAAAAUCUCCAUUAAAGAUGCACAGAUUUGCCCAUGUGGUUUGGGAUACAGUAUGACUUACUAUAAACUACAACAAUGGACAAAACUGCAGGCACCACCUUUAGACAACCUUUGAGUCUAAUUUACACAAGUUUCCUAAAUACUAUUUAAAUCACCUCAAAUGUAGAAUUGCUGAUCGAUAAUUGUAUUGAUAAGAAGAAUAUUUGUGAUAAUAGCCAUCAUAAAUACACAGGAAUCUUAUUCAAGAUAAGUCCUACAGCAGCCCUAGUGGUGUCUGAAAUAGCCACCGUUAGCAGUGAGGUUUUGUUCAUUUUUUAUAGGUAACAGUAAUGUAAAGUAUGAAAGACUGGUAAGUUUGUGGGAAUUUGAGAGAAGCUUUAGGGAUGCAUUUUUAUGGAAACAACUUGAACAGUUGUCAUCGUGCAGCAGGGGCAAGACAAAAAAUAUUAACCAAUAAUAACAUGUUUUGCAUGCCACCCCCACCACCACCUCAAGAGUUCAGACACCCAAUAUUGUGUUUCCCUCAGAAAUAUGUCACAUUACAGCAGGGUCGCAGCCAAGAGCUCUCUUUUUGCCCAGGGUCUGGACAUUUAUAAGUAACUCUAAUAUUGUCUAUACUAUUGCCCUAAUCACUGUCUGUAAUGUCACUUCUUCAAAAAGAAUGAAAAGAAUCAAAGAAUAUCAGCAAAAAUAAAAAAGGAUAAAAGGGAAUGAAAA